AAGUGGAGAGGCGCUCCUGCCUGUCUGCUGCAAACUUUCCUUAUCUUCCGGUGCUCGGGACUCCUGUUGAGUACACAUAAAGUCCACAGAUUUGGAGACGUAGCCUACACUAGAGGAAGAAGUGGGAGGAUAGAGGGACAUGGUUGGAACCGAUAAGAGAAGUGAGUAAACCAGUUUGUGUCUACACGGAAAUUUUAUUAUCAGAAAAUGCGCAUGUAGCUGGCUUUUUGCUUUUACGCGUUGGCGUCGGGUUUUUCUACCAGGACUCUCAAUGGAGACGCCAGCAGCCGUGUAGCGGGGGGAAAGCCGACUCUAAACAACAGGAGAGUUUCUCGAAGCAUUGACGACAGAGCUAAGCCGGUGAAUCUGCAGUGAAGGAUCUUCGAUAAAAGCAGAAAGCCCCAGCCAGCAGACAUGAUCAACGUUGGCUUUCUGUCUGAAGCUGAGCAGGAGAUGAUCCUAGAGGUGCUGCGGCGAGAUGAGGAUCUUAGGCAAGCUGAGGAUCAGCGUGUGCGGAAGUUGAAGACGGAGCUGCUAGAUAUCAAGAGGAAAGGGGCCAAACGUGGCAGUGGAAGAUACAGUCAGCACAGUUGUGGCAGAUGCCUGGAACCUCUGAGUCGACUGUCCAUUUCCUCCAGCCAGUGCAAGAUGUGCAAUCACCAAGUGUGCCGCAGCUGCCGAACAGAUCUCCCUGAAGGAUCCUGGCUGUGCAGUGUGUGUGCCAAAGAGUCGGAUUUAAAGAAAAUGACAGGUGACUGGUUCUACGACCAAAGAGUGAACCGUUUCUCCACAAUGCCUGGACAUGACUUAGUGAAAGUCUCCCUGAAAAAGGACCCUCAGCUGAAAAAACGUGAGACAAUGGGAGAAGUGCUGUUGAAAAAUACUGAAAUAAAACCAGAUCAUCCCACUCCUGUGCCUCGAGUCAGACAGAAAAAUCUGGCGGAAAACAGUCAUCAAAGCGAUACUUCAGGAUCAAUCGCUUCAAGGGAAUCAUUUGAAUCAAAGGAGGACAUUGAGUUGAAGCUAACACGCAGUGACACAGAGUCGGCAGAAAACGCCAGUAUCAUCAGCAGUAAAACCGAGACUGAGUCUCGUCGUGUGACCCCUGAGCCACCAAGGAGGGGAAUCCGCUCACGUCACUCCAGCCCAGAUGGAUCCAGUGUUUCCAGCCUGACUAUCCCAGUAAAAGCAAACACAGUCAGUGAUGACGGUGCCAAAAAAGAAGCAAACACUGCCCCAGAAGUCAAACCAGUCAGUCCAAACCCAGAGGUGGAGGUUGAUCGACUCUUCAAGAAGAGCAUCAAAAGAGCCCAAAGGCCUGCUGAGUCUGUGUCAACUCUGGACCUGCGUGAUGGACUUGAUGUAUCAGAAGCAUCAAUGGGCAACAGGAGCCGUUCUGUUCCAGGCCUCGAAAUACAGGAAGACGGCGAGGAGGAUGAAGAUAUUGACACUUUGGUUAACUUCCAUAAAAAAACGUUGGGUACAAGCUCCUCUAGCCUGCGAGACUCACAGAGCACACUGGGCAGCCUGUUGAGUAUUUACAGUGAAGCAGGAGACUUUGACAGCGCGGAGGUGAGCGGAGAAAUAGUCUUCUCUUUGAGCUUUGAUGAAGACAACCAGAGCCUCCUGGUCCUCAUCACGGGAUGCCACGGGCUGGCCUACGGCGAUACCCCACGGCAGCUUUCCCACCCUUAUGUCAAAUGUUAUCUGCUCCCUGACAAAUCUCGCCAGAGCAAAAGGAAGACGAGCACCAAGAGGAACACUGUGAACCCAGUUUACAAUGAAACACUGAAGUACUCUAUCAGUCGCUCUCAGCUGUUCACCCGCUCCCUGCUCAUAUCAGUCUGGCAUCACGGCCGCCUCAGCCGCAACACCUUCCUGGGUGAGGUGGAGAUCCCCCUGGACAGCAGAGACCUCAGCUCCCCGUAUGAGGACCGCAUGGCUCUCCUGCCAAAGGCAACGUAUGCUGUGCCGGCUUCUUCUGUUGUUCAGCGCAAAGGAGAGCUGGUGAUCUGUCUGAAAUACAUCCCACCUAAUGAAUCUGCAGCUGAGAAGACAAAAGGAAAAAAGGAUGCAGCUGAAGGAGAACUGCACAUCCUUAUUAAAGAGGCAAAGAAUUUGAUGGCGAUGAAAUCAGGUGGCACAUCAGAUAGCUUUGUAAAAGGGUACUUGUUCCCAACCAAAGCAAAGACCACAAAGAGGAAGACUCCAGUUGUGAAGAAGAGCCUGAACCCCCACUAUGACCACACAAUUAUAUACAAGGAUCUGACUCUGGAGCAGCUGAAGGGGAUGUGUCUGGAGUUGACUGUGUGGGACAAAGAGUCCCUGUCGAGCAACGAAUUCUUGGGAGGAGUUCGUCUCAGCUCUGGAAAUGGCACUGUCAAAAUAGGAAAAGAGGAAGUGGAAAUGGACUCAGUUGGUGAGGAGGUCAGUCUGUGGGAGAAGAUGAUGCAGUACCCAGAUUCAUGGGCAGAGGGCACUCUUCCACUGCGCUCCUCUAUGGAGAAAUCAAAGAGCGAAUGAGGACUGCAGGAGCCUGAUCCAUGGGAGAACAUCCAGUGACUAACAUGGGAGGAAGCUGUGGUGUUUGAGACCAAUGUGGGAUCAUUUAGAUUCAUUUUAUAUUGAAGGUUUAACAGCCCAGAAUUUGUCUAAUGGGAUACAACAAACAGCUGAUUGGCUGUUAGUAGACAUGCAGUUUAUUGGCACUCCAACAUCUGCCCACACCUGCUUCACGGUAUGGGGUUUACUUAAGCCUCUCCCCCGAACUGCAGGCCUGAGAAAAUGUGCCAAAGAUGCAGACUAAUCUCUCAUUUUAUUUGAACAGCAUUAAUGUAGUUAUUUUAUGUUUUUAAAAUCCAGGAUAAGGUAUACUUUUAAAAAUGUAAAGUCAUGCACAGCACUUCCCACAGACACACUGCCACUGUAUGUUGCUCCUUUCUUAUUUUAUGUGCAGAACUAUACUCAAAACAACACGCUGUAAACAGACAUACAUAAAUGUUGGUCUUGCAUGAUACAAAUGGUGCACAGUUUAAUAUAUACUAUAUUGUAUUUUCCAUAAACACUGUCUUUUAAAAAUUAUAUAUUUAUACAAGUGUCUUAAAAAAUGAUUGUAGAUAUAAAUGUCGAUUUUUAACUCCUCUGAGUGCGAGCAGAGUCAUGUUUAACAAAAUGUUGCCUUUAUUCUGUUCACUCAAUAAAAAUGGAUUAAGCCAAAGACAUGCUCAACUCUCACAGUACCCUCUGGGAGUCUGUGUGCUCAAGUGUCCACUCAAAAGCC